CUCGUGGCUUUUCUGUUUUCAUCUUUUUACGAUGAGACAUUGUUGUUUAUGAGUGGGAUUGUUACAAUUUCACAUGAUAGUGAUUCCAGUAUAUCCCUUUGAGUCAGGGGUGAGACUUGUCUUCUAUUGAGCUGACAGUACAUCUUGCCUAACCUAGCAGCAUUCUUCAAGUCUCCAGCAAGGAUGUCCGAGUCCUCCACCCCAGACCAUGGCCUCCGGUCAAGGCUAUCCUGCUCGUUUCUGGCCCAGCUGUGUGGAGACUAUCAGGAAUCAGACCUGGUCUGCCUGGACCAUUCCUACUCCCGGGCUUGGAAUGCUCAUCCUAACGCCAGCCACGCCAAGCCUGCUCGCAUGCUUUUUGUUCCCAAGACCCUCCGACUUCAGCCUUCCAAACGGAACAUUGUUGAUGCUGACGCUGAGAUAGAUGUUGUAUCAGUAGGUCAAACACAUACCAUGCCCUAUGACCUUCAGAAAGCACAGUCUGUAAUGAACGAGUGUGAGCGCUAUGUCAACUUUGCACGGACAGACCCUGACGAUGUACGUAGCGAUGAGGAUUGGGAGGAUAAACUAUCCAGAGUUGGCUGGACAGCCCACCAGAGUAAACUCUUCAACAAGAUUCUCAAGCAUCUCCAAGCCAAUCGACUGGCAAGACUGGCGUAUGACAAGGUGCCUAAUGAGCCAGUGAAGAGGAGGAUUCACGUUGAUAAGUGUGCCAAGCUGGUACGACGGACCCUAGCUUCAGUAGGAUGGGAUCCCAAACUGACCCAGUGGCUUCAUGGAGUCUUGGUGGACAACCUCAGUUCCUCGUUACUAGCGAUCUAUCUAGACGUCCUUCAGAACCUCAAGUCUAAGGUUCCCACUCUGAUAGAUAAGAUGGUGCACCUUACCUCCUCUACGCGGAAGGUCAACACGACAAGCUCCGAAGCCCUUUCUCUCCUCCUCAAGAGGCCAUGGGAUCCAGCCGUUGGUCUACUCAGCUUUCAUAAACCAAAAAAACUUCCAGGUGCCCCCAUCCUCCUGAUUGCCCCUGACGGCCCCGUCCACCCCUCCAUGCCGCAGUCCCGCCGCACCAGGUACUGGAACUCACAGCUGGGCAACCUGGGUAAGGUGGUCCCGGUCACUGUCCAUGCUCCGGAGGGUGGGGCAGGUAUCACCAUCGCACAGUGCCUGGAACACAUGAUAGGCUCAGUCAGGACUAAAGUGGCAGAGCUGAAGACCAACUUUCACAAUCGACCCAUCGUAUUGCUGGGCUGGUCUGUUGGCGCACUUGUUGCAUGCCAUGUAGCUAUUGUUGAGUCUGUCUCAGCAGUCAUCUGCUUGGGCUUCCCGAUGAGAGGCAUCACCGGAGAUAGAGGGGACCUGGACGAGCCCCUCUUUGAAAGCAAGACCCCAACGUUCUUUGUGAUCGGGCAGGAGUCGAGCCAGUGCAACCAGGACAGUCUGGAGGACCUGAGGGAGAGGAUGAAGGCCGACACCACCCUGGUGGUGGUAGGAGGGGCAGACGAUCGUCUCAGACUCCCCAAGGCCAAGAAGCUCCAUGAAGGUGUCACCCAGACCAUGGUGGAUAGGUGCAUCCUGGAUGAGGUUUCAGAGUUCCUGACUGUGGUACUAUCAUCCACCUACCACGGAGCAGGAGAUGCGGAAGGUGAACAUCAUCACCACACCAAGAAGAAAGAGAAGGAGAAGAAGAAGAGAGUUCAGCGGAACCUCUCCACUGAGAUGAAAGGCAGGAAGACUCCUCCAGUGGCAGCAUCUAUCCCAGGUCGACGUUCCACCACUCCUUCAAGCCUUGCUGAGCAUGGCAUCUCCAGCCUUCCAUCGACUCCAAAGGCCACCAAAGCCAGCACCUCCCGCACACCUACCCCUACACCCAUGCUGCCUAUCACCUCCUCCUCCUCCUCCAGCGCCAUGAUAGCCCCACCACCACCACCACCUGCACCCCUAGGGCCCACCUCCACCAAGCCCCACUCCGCCCCUCCCGUCAUGCAGUUCACACCCUCCGGCCUCAAACCCUCCGCCUCCUCUUCUGCUCAAGCGACGCCCACCCAGAAGACCUCGUUCGCUGCCGCGCUCUCAUCCGGGAACCAGGCCAAGGAAUUCAGUUCGCAGUAUGCAGCGUACCUGGCCCGGGUGGCUAGUCAGAGCAAAGAAGAGAAGACACCCAAGACCAAAGGUUCGGUCAGGUUUGGAGGCCCGAAGGCAGCAGGUACACACGCUGGCACUGAAGGCAUUGAUGCUACAACCAUUAUAGUGAAACAGGCACCCAAGAGGAGUGCCACUCAGAGCCCAGCUACUGUACGACGGAAGCAGGUGAAGAUGGCUGACCUGCCAAUCAUCACCAGGGGCCAAACGGGCAGCACUGUCUCUGUGUCACCAUCCCCUGCACAGAUUAAAGGUGUGUCUAUUCACAACCCCACCCAGAGCGGCAGGCCUCCGACCACAUACACACUUGUUUCAACUACGCUAAGUUCUCAAGGUCCUGGAUCAUCGACGAGCACCACAGUGCAGGGACGACCGGUUGCAGGAACAAGGGUGACGAUUGAUUCUGGACAGUCCUUGACUCAGCUGCAGCAGAUGGGUGUUGUGUCUUCGGCAUCGUCCUCGUCUGGUGGAUCGCAGGGUAGUCUCCUGCAUGGCUUGAGCUUCAACAUCCAGGGGAGUCAGCUGAAGGAGACAUCCGGUGCCCAGAUGAGAGUCCUGGAAGGCAUGUUCAGCACCAAGCAGGGCUUUGGACAGGCCCUGACUAGUGCUGAGACAGGAGCUGGCAAGACAAGCGGACCCUCAAAGCCAUCAGGUCCAAAGGGAGCAGGUUCGGAGACAACAACGGUAUCAUCCUCAUCGUACUCUGGCAAGACGUCUAGCGUCCACUUCUCUGUAAGUGCCAACUCUGACGUGAAGACAUCCAGUCUGGCCAUGCACCUUCCGCACCUGAUCUCCACCGCUCUGAAAGCAGCACAGUCUGCCCCAGCCAAGUCGACUUGUGUCACUCUGGUCACGACUAAAGCUCCUCCAGUCAUGGCCAGGAGUUCUGGAGUCAAGUCCAGUACCCCAUCGGGUGUCAUCACGGGGAGCAAGUCCUCCAAGGUCUCAUCGGAUGUAUCUAUCUUGGGUCUAAUUGGGGCUCAGCAGAUUACCAGCACUAGCUCCAAGUCUUCAAAGAAGUCUUCGAAUGAGGAAAGAGAUGCACAGGUGCAAGCUAUUCAGAAGCUGCAGUUUCACGACUUCCCACUUACCACAGCCUCUUUGACUGUCACACAUAGCACUCAAUCAGUUACACAGGCAAAGAUCCUCAAAAACCUAGAGCAUGGCUCUCUACCCCUCACCAAAUUAGAACCAAGUGUCUCAGGAGGAAAAGCCACUUCGCAGUCUAAGACCAGUUUACAGUCCAAGUCUAUUUCCCAUUCGAAAGCUAGUUCCCACUCAAAGACGAUCACACCCGCAAUCAUCACUAACAAACUGCCUGCCAGAGAGUCUUUGAAUAAGGCUGCUGCUGCAGGCAAGAUAGUCACUGUGUCCUUAGGAUCUUCUUCAAUAUUGACAACAAGCACUUCCGACAGCGUAAGAGAAAAGACCAUGCCGGACACUGAUUCUGUAUCAUUGUCCAAACUGAAGGGCGUGAACUCCAAGAAAAGCCAAAGCCCCCAAAGUGAAGAUAGCUCCCAGGCUGUAGUCGAUCUUGACACUCUUCCUUUGGCCAAACUCAAGGAGCAUCUGAAGGAGAGCAAGUCAUCAUUUAAGACAUUAUCAGCACCCGCUACAACCACCAUCAAGAUUGUCUCCAGGCCAAAAGAUCCAGUCAUGUCCAUGUCCCAGAAACCUAAGCUGUCUGCCUCAGCCCCUUUCAUUGCCCUGUCCAGCAGCCUCAAGGCAAGCACCGAGCGGGCCGCGAGGGCUCAAAAGACCGUCAUGGUCACGACUGCAUCCAGACCACCCACACCUUCAUCGACCGCAGCAGGAAUGACCACCACCACCACGUCAUCCAUGUCCUCACUGGUAUCCACACCAGGUUUGACACUCCUGACCUCUACCGCCGCAUCCAGGCAACCAUUAUCCAGCCCAUUCCUGGUGGAGAAGACAUCCAAAAGCUCAGAAGCGGAGGGAUCACGCGAGUCUGUUGUGACUGUCCAACCGUCUGGUAAUAGUCGUACCAGGCGGGCCAGGGCCCCAAGACAGCUCUCGGAAUGAUAGAUAAAUGUAAUGUACAUUGAAUGUAUUUAAAAGUGUAAAUUAUGUAAGUAUAUAUUUGCACAUAUUGUAUAUAGACUCAUCUGUUGAGAACCUGAAUGGCAUUAACUCUGUAUUGAAGUAUAUUAGUUAACCCCCCCCCCCCCUCUCUAAAACUUAUCAGGCUAAUUGUCAAGACACUGUUCUAUGAUUGUUAUAGAAAUGAUAUCCUCUUCCUGGGCACAUUAUGUUUUAUGUGCCUUUAAUCUCACAUUAAUGUAAGAAUAUGGAUUUUGCUGUAAAGUAGCUCAAACACAUGACAUAUUUUUGCAUGUGCAGUUAUCAUGUUUUGUUUUUGUGUGUGUUCUUAAAUCUUAAU